UGAGCGAGGCUUCUUUAAUUUAAUUAUGCGUAACAGUAUCAACAAACGUUGGACGUAGCUAUGACGAAGCUUGUUUAGUUUGAUUCGAACCACUACUGGAAGCAGUAUCUUUAAAAGUUAUCUUCUUUUGAGUAUCACCCUACCGCAAUUUUACACAUUUUCAGGUUUUUUUAAGUUCUUUAGUAAUUUGCACUUAAGAUCUACGCGCUAAAUCUAAAAACGACGAAGAAAGAAACUUAUCGCCGAGAGUCGGUUCUCGUCAUGGAAGAAUCGAGCGAUAAACAGGAGGAAAAUUGCACGUUUGAAUCUGCGAACGCGAAGGGAUUAUCCAUCGAUAAGAUCGUAGCCGGUACAGAUUCUUUAGAUCCUAAUCGAGUUAACGAUCGCUCGGAGAUGGGGAAAAACGCAGAAAAGACCGUAGAAUGUUCGCAGGUGGUCGAUGGAAACUCGAGUCCUUCGAAAUCGAAAGAAAGUGUUACAGGCGCGAAAGUAAAGCGUAAAUCGAGAUCGACGCGUAGAAAACUGAAUGCUAUGAUUAACAAUACGUCGUUGCAUUUCUCCGACACCGAUUCUGAGGGAGAGUUAACGUCCAUUAAUUCUCAAAUCAGAUCAUUGAGUUAUACGGCGGGUGAGCAAAAAGGACCGAUCAUUUCUAUAACGUUAGACGAUGUGGAGGCCGAAGGCUCCAAGCUUUUAUCGCCCGACGAUAAAGGCUCGUCUCAGCUAAAUAAUUUCAUCGAAGACCUUACGGACGUUGACGAAAUUUAUCCGAGCGAACCGGAAAACGAACGAAAGGAGGAUCGGAACAACCUUAAGGUUGCCAAAACUCCGUGUCAAGGUGAUACGGAUCUCGAGGAUUUCGAAGGCGAAGACGAAGUACACUCGACGAUUUACGUAAAACCGAGGUCCGAUAUAUUUUGCGACUAUAGUGGAGAAACGAUAACGACGAAGGAAGGUGACGGACCAUUUUCCGUGGAAGUGCGAAAUAAAAUGUAUCGAGAAGAAGAGCCGCGAAACGGGUUGGGAAGUAGCAUGCCAGAUAUCGUUGUUAUGUCGAAUACCGACGAGGAAGACAUGGAUAUAUCCGAGGAGGAAGAUAUGCAAGAAGCCUGUUGCAGUCAUAAGGAAUUACUCGAAGAUUUGGACGUUCUGGCAGCGUCUCAAAUUAUCAUGAGAAAUAUCAAUAAAAUGGAGAACGUGUUAACUGUGAGAGAUAUUGGUGAUGACGCGAUUAGCGAUUGUCAUACGGACAUCGAAGAAGUCGAUCCGAAUGAAUAGAUUAAUUUGAAACGCGUGAAUGGUAAGGACACGAAUAUAGAGAAUACGCUUUCUAGCGAGAAAUAUCGUGCUAUUUAAGCUCUGAUAAAAAUCUGAUAUAUAUUAAAUCUACUUUCAUCAAUUAUGUAUCGAAUGUAUCGCAAGAAUGCACCGCGUAUUGUCCCUUAUGUUAUCCACUCUUUACUCGUUAUAAUAUCGCUAUAUACGUUGUACAAUUAUGAAACAUAUACGGUAAAUAUCGUAUGACUCGACAUCGUGUUAAACGUAAUGUUUAUCGAGGAGUUCAGAAUAUUCUACGAAUUACAAUGGAUUACCUAUCACUGACCGUGAGGUAGGACUCUUCAAGAAAUCGUCAGAACAAUCUUAUCGAUUAUAUACCUUUGUUCAGAGUAGAAUCAAAUAUUAUCACAUUUUGUCCGACAAAUGGACUUAUUUCGUGAUGCAUAUCAAAUUAAUAAUACGGAUAAUACAAAAUUUAGAUCAAAUGAGAGAAUAUAUGUAGAAAUAUGUUAAACUUUCGUUUAUAUAUAUUUUGAUAUCGUUUAAAAUUAUUUAAUUACAUAUGUUACGUAUUUCGUUGAUUUACGUAGAACAAAGUAACAAACGGAAACGAGAACUGUUAUAUCACUUAUCGAAAUGUUCGAAGCUUGAUUAAUUGUAAUAAUCUACGAUGAGUUAACUAUGGAGUAAAGUCUUAUUCUGUAUAUAUACAAAGUAGCCGCAUCGUGUAAGCAUACUCUUAUCGUUAUCUUUACUUUCGAGCUAUAAAAAUACGUCUUUUAUUAUAACGUUGAAUAUGUUUGUUUAAAAGAUAUGUUUGUGCUAUAAAAAAAAUACUUUAACGUUUCCUUUCUUCGAUAUUUUAAUUUUUUGUACGAAUCUCGGAUUUUAAAUAUUUUUCUACUUUAAUCACACAUCUCGUAAGAUAAUUUAGAGAAUAAUCCAACGUUUUAAUGACAUACCAUGUUUCACGUCCACACUUUGGAAAUUUCUUUUUACAUUAGCAAUAUAAAUACUUUCGUACGAACGCUAUCCUUUGAAAAUAUAACACGUUGAUUCGAUUUCGUCGUUGUAAUUACACAUUUGAUCGUUACUUAUACAGUAAACACAUAUUCAACGACUGGAUUUCAAAGUCGAAAAAUAACGAAAGCUCUCUGUUAGAAGAUUUUCAAAAUUUAUUUUAUAUAGAAAUCUUCUGGAAAUAUCAUUUUCGAGAAUUUAUUCGAUGCUCGUAGAGAACAUAUUUUUAUAAUCUUAUACACACAGAAAUGUAAUAAUUCAGAUGAGAAGGCAAGACGAAUCUCUGCGUAUUAUUUUAGGUGAGAAAAUAUCGUAGCACGAGCGACGAUUCGUGCCUUUUAUUUUCGACAAACUUAUCGUGUUCGUAGAAUUAAUUUACUAUGCAAACCUUUUCUUUCUCUUUUGCACCAUGCUUUGAGUACAGUUUUUAUUAUUUUUAUUUAAAGUUUAACCGAUUAGCGUAACGUAAUUAGGUAUAAUUAGAAAUUUGGCUCGAUUCGCGUGAGCUUUGUUUGGAAAACGAACGAAGUUAACGAAGAAAGUCAUGGUGAUGAUACGAAAAUACGAAUUACACUACACGCCCGUUACAAGAAUUUAUCGAUAGAAAAUAUUUCUGCUCGAUCGUUAUCGCUUCGUAUUAACGCAAUCUUCUGUACUUAUAAUUGCAGACAAAACUGCCGUCCUCAACAUUAUCAUAGACAACCGUAUGGGAUAUUAAUUUUAAGUCUCGAAGGAUACUAAUAUCUACGGAUAUUGAUAGAAAAGAGCAAUUAUAGUUUAUCAAGGGAUUUAGAGUUAUAUGCAUAUCAAUGCUUAUGUACUGUGUGCAUGUUACGAGUUUAAAGAAAUUAACGAUACCUCGGUGACGAAACUUAUUUUUGAAAUUGUAUUUCUUUUUAAAAGGAAGUUGUUAUAUGUACAGUAACAGAGUUUACGAUAGUGUUGUGUCUAAUAACGUUUUAAAAAGAACGCUGUAAAGUAUAAAAAUCGUGUUUACGCGUUAUGUUUGUGAAAGUUUGAUCGUGUAAUCCUUUAAGAGUUAUAUGCGAAACUGUAAAUAUACGCAAUGUAUUUCGUGCAUAUGUAUUUACCUAAUAAAAAGUAAUGUGAGCAUAA